CGCGCCGCGAGCGAGCGGGUGUGAGCUGCCGGGCGGGUGCGGUGCGUGCAGGGUUCGGGGGCUCCGGGCUGAGCGGCGGGGUGAUCGUGGGGGGCAGGCAGCACGGGACGCCGGAUCCAGAGGCCGUGCUCCGGCAGUGUUAUAGUGCUGAUGGCCUGGCUGUGACAGAGCUGCCGUGAAUGCCAGGGGGAAGAGUAGCAUCCAGCGUGUAGUCAGAAUUCGAAUAGUGUUGGCCCGGGACCAGAAGCAAAAUGAUGAGUGACGCGAGCGACAUGUUGGCGGCCGCACUGGAACAGAUGGAUGGCAUCAUCGCAGGCUCCAAGGCCCUGGAGUACUCCAAUGGCAUCUUCGACUGCCAGUCCCCCAGCUCCCCGUUCAUGGGCAGCCUGAGAGCCCUGCAUCUCGUGGAGGACCUGCGCGGACUCCUAGACAUGAUGGAGACGGAGGAGAAGGAAGGCCUGAGGUGCCAGAUCCCGGAUUCCACCGCCGAGACCCUCGUCGACUGGCUGCAGAGUCAUAUGACAAAUGGACACAUGUCUGGGAAUGGGGAUGUGUACCAGGAGAGACUGUCACGUCUGGAGAAUGACAAGGAGUCUCUAGUUCUGCAGGUCAGUGUGUUAACAGACCAGGUCGAGGCUCAGGGAGAGAAGAUUCGGGAUCUGGAAUUCUGUCUUGAAGAGCAUCGGGAGAAGCUGAAUGCCACGGAGGAAAUGCUGCAGCAGGAACUUCUGAGCAGAACGUCUUUGGAGACACAGAAGUUGGAUCUGAUGGCCGAGAUCUCCAACCUGAAGUUAAAGCUGACGGCUGUGGAGAAGGACCGAUUGGAUUAUGAAGAUCGAUUCAGAGACACGGAGGGCCUGGUUCAGGAGAUCAGUGACUUGCGGCUCAGAGUCAGCGAGAUGGACAGUGAGAAGCUUCAAUAUGAGAAAAAGCUCAAGUCAACCAAGCCUUUAAUGGCUAAACUCUCUAGUAUGAAAAUCAAGGUGGGUCAAAUGCAGUACGAGAAGCAGCGACUGGAGCACCAGUGGGAGUCCCUGCAGGAGGAGCUGGCCUCUUUAAAAGAACAACUGGAAGAGAAGGAAUCUGAGGUCCAACGAUUACAAGAAAAACUGGUUUUGAAAAUGAAAGGAGAAGGGCUGGAAAUUCUUGAUCGAGAUGAACAUUUAAAAAAGAAGCUCAAAGAGAAAAAUGUCGAAGUGCAGAAGCUGAAGAAGGCCAUGGAGUCCUUGAUGGCUGCCAACGAGGAGAAGGAUCGGAAAAUAGAAGAUUUGCGACAGUGCCUGAACAGGUACAAGAAAAUGCAGGAGCCUGCAGCGCCAGCUCCCAGCAUGACAGGCCAUGAAGGUGACUCCGAUGAACUGCUCAGGUGUAGCAGCCCUUUCUCUACCCUCUUGGAUGCUCAGAGCCUCAGUGACCUGGAGAAGGGACUGUCACCCACCCCAGUCACCAGCUCCCCCAGCCAUGAGCCUCUCAACACCAGCACUCCUGAGGAGUCCCUGGCCAGCAGUGUCCUACAAGUUGCAAUCCCCUCAUUACUGCCGGCACCUAGAAGCACGGAAAUGCCUGAAAAGACAAAGCUACCUACACUCGAGACUUCAUUUGAUGAUGACAGCAGAACCUUCCCCGAGACUGCCGUGGAUUCCUGCUCGGGUGACAGUCCUUCAGGAUCCAGCCUGCAGAAAGCCAGCAGCCUGAGCAAUCUGAAGAAAGAGCCGCCGGAUGGGGAAAAAGCUGCAGGGACAAGCAGUUCAUAUGGGAAGCUCCCGCCCAAAGCUCCAGGACACCCUGCCUCUACGGAUGACACCCCCUUUGGCACUCGCAAAGCCAGAUCUUCCUUUGGCCGUGGCUUUUUUAAGAUCAAGAGUAACAAGAGGACGGCCAGUGCUCCAAACUUGGACCGUGUGCGCAGUGCCAGCGCGCCCACCUUAGCAGAAACAGAACAAGAGACAGCUGAGCGCCUGAACCUGGCUGGUGGUUCGUCUCUGCCCAGAGGCCCCCAGGGAAACAGCCCCUUCCAGAUGACACCCCCAUCUCCAGACUCCAAAAAGAAAUCCCGAGGCAUCAUGAAGCUCUUUGGAAGACUCAGAAGGAGUCAGUCGACCACUUUCAACCCGGAGGACAUGUCUGAGCCUGAAUUCAAAAGAGGAGGGACAAGGGCCACUGCAGGGCCCCGGCUGGGCUGGUCUCGAGAUUUGGGACAAACUAACAGUGAACUAGACAUGCCAUUUGCCAGGUGGACCAAGGAACAGGUGUGCAGCUGGCUGGUGGAGCAGGGCCUGGGCUCCUAUCUGAACUCCGGAAAGCACUGGAUUGUCUCUGGCCAGACCCUCCUGCAGGCGUCUCAGCAGGAUCUGGAGAAGGAGCUUGGAAUCAAGCAUUCGCUUCAUCGGAAGAAACUCCAGCUGGCACUGCAGGCGCUGGGUUCUGAAGAAGAAACCAACCAUGGAAAGCUGGACUUCAACUGGGUCACAAGGUGGCUGGAUGACAUCGGUCUCCCCCAGUAUAAGACGCAAUUUGAUGAGGGGCGUGUGGAUGGGCGAAUGCUGCAUUAUAUGACAGUCGAUGACCUGCUGUCUCUGAAGGUGGUGAGCGUGCUGCACCACCUCAGCAUCAAACGGGCCAUCCAGGUCCUGCGCAUCAAUGGCUUUGAGCCCAACUGUCUGCGGAGGCGGCCCUCUGAUGAGAAUAGCAUCACUCCACUAGAGGUGCAGCAGUGGACCAACCACCGCGUGAUGGAAUGGCUGCGCUCCGUGGACCUAGCUGAAUAUGCACCCAACCUUCGGGGCAGCGGUGUGCAUGGGGGGCUAAUGGUCCUGGAACCCCGAUUUAAUGUAGAGACAAUGGCCCAGUUACUGAAUAUCCCACCAAGCAAGACCUUGCUGCGGAGACACCUAGCCACGCAUUUCAACCUCCUUAUUGGAGGAGAGGCCCAGCACCAGAAGAGGGAGGCCAUGGAAUCGCCCGAGUAUGUGUUGCUGACGGCCACUGCCAAAGUGAAGCCAAAGAAACUUAGCUUUAGCAAUUUCGGCAAUCUAAGGAAGAGGAAGCAGGAAGAUGGGGAAGAGUAUGUUUGUCCAAUGGAACUGGGGCAGGCAUCAGGAAGUUCAUCCAAGAAGGGGUUCAAACCUAGUUUGGACAUGCGCCUGUAUGACGAGGAUGACCUGGACCGGUUUGAGCAGAUGGAAGACUCAGAAGGGACAGUGAGGCAGAUUGGUGCAUUCUCUGAAGGCAUCAACAAUUUGACGCACAUGUUAAAGGAAGAUGAUAUGUUUAAAGACUUUGCCGCCCAGUCCCCCAGUGCCAGCAUGACAGAUGAGGACUCCAAUGUGUGACACUGGUGGCUCUCAGGAAGAGAAUGGCAAGCGGCUUGAACUUCCCUCGCUUUCUCUCUCCAGCCCCAAACAAUCCACACAGCGCUGCCAGGCGCUCAUCUCGGCAGAAGGGGCACUGCCCACUGGGCCUUCUUGACGUUAGCAAACAAGAUGAGAUGCUGGUGGUGAGAGUGCGGUCACCCCAAUCCCCAAACAGUGACUGUACAGUGACCUUCCAGAUGUGUGGCCAGAAGGGCGUUGGCCUCCACACUGCACUUAC